AUGCCUGACAAUCGCAUACCGCAGAAGGGCGGCGAGGAACGUGCUAUCACGAGGUUGAAGCUAAUGCACGCCCUUGGUGUGACCACUAGUACUGACGACGCGAAACCAUUGAGGCCAGGCCCAGUAUUUUUCCUUGACGAGACCGGACAGUUCGUGGUUCACAUAUGCGGAAGACACGUAUGCCUCCGUCACGUCGAUUCCAAUACUGUGAACAUCCUCUCCCCUCCUAUCGAGGUUUCCCAUAGAGCGAUCACUGCUGUAGCUAAGAGCCUCGACUGUGGUAUACUUGCCGUCGGUCAGCUGCUCACGAACGGCCAGGAGAAAGAGGGAGGGAAAAUCGUUUCGAUCGGUUUGUCCAGCAAUGGUGGUAGUCUGGUCGUCCUCACAAAUGCCGGAGACCUCUUCCACGUUACUGAAUGGGACAGCAAGAAAGGCAAAACUCAGAAGACCUCAGAAACAGAGGGGGAUGCGCGCAUCAUUGACCAUGCUUGGCUGUCGUCCUCUGCGGUAUGCAAUGGUCCUCACAUCAUCGCCGUCUCUGAAGGAGGGAGGCUCAUACGCCGAGUCUCACUAGACCGACCUCAAGUCGUCCUGGAGUCCGUAGACCUAUGCCGAAGUGGCGAAUGGAUGGUAUUCGUUACUCACAGCCGGGAGAUCCUGAGCCUCCCCUCACCCUACAUGGUCUUCAGCCGGGCUUUCCUCACUGAGGAGCCUAUUGACGUUGCGAUCCAUCCGGUCGGUGGUCUUAUCAUGGCAGUGGCUUUCACAGAGAAAGUGGUAGACGAGGACCUCGUCGUCCUGAAGGAAGUUUUGAUUACCGAAGCAGCGCCACUGGUGUGGAGUGCUGGUGGGCAGUACUUGGCUGUUGGGGAUGUCGGAGGAGACACCAAACAGGUCACCGAAUGGGAAUGCGCAUCUUGGUCGCGUAAAUGGGAGCACGUUUCCACUAACGGCUGUGUCUACACUUCCAUGACCUACAGCCGGUCGGAGAUAGUCGUAGGUGGUCUGAUCACCACGCCAGGCCAAGCCUUACAACACAACCGAUCGAUUCGUUUCCCAAAGGACACUCUCACCAUCAGUCGAGACCGCCUCACAGCGGGAGGAGAUGAUAUAACAAAAGCCAACAAGAUGAUAGCCCAACUCGAGUGA